AUGAUCGAAGAAACAAUACCCGAUAUCAUUAUAUUUACUGUACACCAGCCAAUUUCGAAUAAUAAUAUUCCAGCUCUGACUGACAUAAGUAAUGUGCCAUCCUUUUGUAAAUCAUACGCCACUCAAGGUCACCUCUGCUACUGGUUUCACAGUACAAUUACCCAUUCUCAAAGGAAACCAUCUUGCUAUGUCUUUGUCCAGUGGAAGUUUAUUACGCUCAGCUCAACUAGACAACCUUUCAGAUGCGCAGGGAUUAAAAAAAAGAAGAACUACGACGAGACCCCUUCUAGGUAUCGACCUUCUGUACUUGUGAAGACUCUUCGUGGUUUUCAGUUUAAUGAUGGAGAUUAUGUCUAUAAAGGUGAUAUCUUAGUUCGGCAGCUUGGUAUGGAAAUAUACCCGGGUGAAUCUGUCAAAUUAGACCCAGAAACAUGGAACUUAGUAGCACUAAGUAAUGGACGUUUCACCAUUAGUACAGAGAAGCUUUCACCGUUUCCUGACAGCCCUUUAUAUGAUAAAGUGAAGGACGGCGAAGUAAUUUAUAAACCAUUUGUUCAUGUUAUUGGUGAUCCAAUCGAACCACUAUAUAAACUCAAGCGCAUUUUGUAA